GCUCGCAUCACAAGUGCACUAGGUUAUGUUCAUGUAUCACAUGCUUUAAACGUCACAUGUGUUUAUCAUUAUAAAAAAACAAUAAAAUGUUGUACCUAAUUGGUCUUGGUCUUGGUGACGCUACCGAUGUCACCGUAAAAGGUCUUGAAAUAAUAAAAAAAUGUGAUGACAUUUAUUUAGAAGCCUACACUUCUAUUUUAUCUGUAGGCCAGGAUGUCUUGGAAAAAUUCUACGGCCGAUCCAUUAGGAUCGCGGACCGCGAACUCGUCGAGAGCGACGAGAGCAUGAAAGAAAUAAUAAACACAGCAGCAACAAAAGAUGUUGCUUUCCUGGUGAUUGGAGACCCCCUGGGAGCUACCACGCACACGGAUUUAGUUCUUCGUGCUCGAGAUCAAGGUGUCCAGGUGAAAGUAGUCCACAACGCGUCUAUUCUAAAUGCAGUUGGAUGUUGCGGCCUUCAGCUGUACUCUUACGGCGAAGUUGUCUCCAUUCCCUACUGGACAGACACUUGGCAACCCGACAGCUUUCAUGACAAACUCCUCGGGAACCUUCAAAGAGACCUUCAUACCCUCUGUCUCCUGGACAUCAAAGUAAAGGAGCCGACACUUGACAGUUUAAUGAAGAAGAAACGAGAGUAUAUGCCUCCAAGAUUCAUGACCGUCGCCGAAGCCGCAACACAAUUAAUUUCCAUAAUAGAAAAUCGCAGAAACUCAAACCAAGAGCUUGUUUUGACAGAAGACAGUUUGGCUGUUGGCUUGGCACGAGUUGGAUCCGAUGAUCAGCGAAUAAUUGCGUGUACACUGAAAGAAAUGUCUUCAGUAGAUCUUGGACCUCCUCUCCACUCACUCGUAAUUCCUGCGAAAAAUUUGCAUCCACUAGAAAUCGAUUUUCUUAAACAAUUUGCCUCAAGUGAAAUUAAACUCAGUAAUUCUGUUGAACAGAAAAGUUCGUGAGUAUAAAUAACCGGCAUAGAGUAGAAGUAUCAAUUGUGGCAACUAUUCUAUUUUUGGACAUUUAAUAUUUUAUUUUAAUUAAUGAAAAAGUAUAAAAUAAAAUUUCCAUUUUAAUAGUGGGAACGAAAACUGGCCAUAAGUGGUACCUCUACCCGACAUGUUUAUAUAUUUAUAUUCAAAUUUAUGAAUACUUGAAUAAAUUU